GAUUUUUUCUCCAAGACUUUCACCCCGAACCGAUGUACUGUGCUUUAUUUCUAUUCUAAUUAUUAUACUUUGGAUAAUUAGAGAUUUUAUUGGGGAGAAUGAGAAAUUGAUGGAGUCGUGAGGAUGAAUACUUUCAAUGAAAUUGGAUCUGGUGAGCCGGAGCAAGAUGCUAAUUCAGCUCUCAUCGAACUGGACAAGGGUCUCCGAUCGAAAAACACCGGAGAACGAUGCGAAGCGAUCGUGCGCUUUCCCCGUCUCUUCGAGAAGUACCCUUUCCCCAUCCUUAUAAAUUCAGCCCUGCUGAAGCUCGCGGAUGUCUUCCGUCUGGGCUCAAACUUCCUGAGGGUGUGGGUACUUCGUGUCUGCCAGCAGAGUGAAAAACAUCUGGACAAAAUCUUGAACGUCGAGGAGUUCGUAAAACGAAUCUACUGCGUGAUGCAUUCGAACGAUCCAGUAGCCCGAGCUCUGACCCUGCGCACGCUGGGCUCUGCAGCUUCGAUUAUCCCUGAACGUCAACAGGUUCACCACAGUAUCAGACGUUCCCUGGACUCUCAUGACUCAGUGGAGGUAGAAGCUGCCAUCUACGCAGCCAGAAUGUUUGCAGCUCAAUCAAAACUCUUCGCAGUCUCAAUGUGCAGUAAAAUUUCAGACAUGAUCAGGGGUCAAGCGACCCCAGCCUCGAUGAAGCUCCAGCUGAUACCAAUCCUCCAGUAUAUGCACCACGACACCUCAACAGCCUCAAUGGUCAACGAGUUGUGCAUGGAGCUCCUGGCAAGUUAUCCAGCAGUGGAAUUUGUUCGUGUGACUCUGAGUGCUAUGAGCACCCUAGCAUCAGCAACUCUCAUCAAUGUUCCCACACAAGUCGGCCUUCUUCUCACUUAUAUCCGUGAUGAUCCAAGAAUUUCAGUGAAACGUCACUCCCUCAAAUUACUGCUCCAUCUCGCCAGGAGAGGAGCCCACCUGUGGCCUCGUGGAGCCCUCGACAAUCUCAUCGACUCCACCCUAGCCUCAAAGCUCUCGAUAACAGAGAAUGGAAUUGAGAGCAGUGAUCUCCUCCUCAGAACCCUAGAUGUUAUCGAAGUACUCAGCCAGAGUGCUGUCACCUGUGACGCCAACAUGGAGGAGAACAGUCCCCUGGCAUCUCUCUGCGUUGAUGCCUGCUAUUCCCACAAUCCUCUGGUUGCUGUCAAGGCCGUGACUAUUUUAACAAGAAUUGCCUGCUACUGCUACGAAGAGGGACUACCUGUCAGCAACAUCCAGCACAUAAUCUCCUGUCUGGAGUCGUUGAUUGUUCUCCUAGCAGUUGAUGCCAAUGACGACAGAAAUCUCUACCAAUUGAAAUUGUGCUUGGUAUCUACUGUAAAAUUGUGUCAAGCACAUCCUGCUCAUGCACCGAUCUUCGUCGAUGCCAUUGGAACGACUCUGAUGAACACACAGUCGGAUUCAGGCAGAGGUGAGAGAAAACAGACAGCGAGUGUCUUGUGUGAAGCUCUAGGGGCUAUUGGUAGCUUUGGAGAUAAUGUUCUCCUGCCUCUUCUACCAGAUGUCCUGGAGAAAAUAAAGCAACCGCUGGACGUUGACACUAGAGUGAUGCUAUGUACAAUUCUCUUUCAAAUGGUGGCUGGAGGGUACGAGUGGAAUGACGAGUGUCUCAAGGCCAUCGACAAUGUGACAAAAGCUGUGGACGGAUGGUCCAAGUAUCGAAUCGGAAGGGGUGCAGCGAGAUAUGGGCAUCACAAAAUAGCUACGAAAAUUUUCAAAGGUCUACGAGAGUCCGUGGCCUCAGAGCAGCUGCACUUCUGGCUGUCAGGUCUCGAGUUGAUGACAAGUGCUGAGUCUUAUCUCGAGGAGAAUAAAACCGAAUCGAGGAUCCAGAGGAAAAUCAGUGUUCUCGAGAAGUUGAAUGGUGGAAUAUCGAGAUAUGCGAGUGCCUGUGCUGCACUAAAAGCCGCAAGUACUCCCCUCAAGAGUUUACAGUUCGCUAGUGAGUACGCCAAACUCCGGGGUGAGUUUCUGCAAGCAUUAGCUCAAUUGAUUCACUCCUGUAGGUCACUGUGCACCUCUCCGCCACCUGCCAUUGCGAGAUCAAUUGCUGAAGUGACGAGUGAUAAACUACAGGUUUAUGGACGAGUGACUUAUCAGCUUAGAAAGUCAGCUAAGGACUUUAGAAAUUGCGCGGAGAAUUAUCAGAAGCUUUAUCAGUCUGCUUUUGAUGCAGAUCAGGGAAGUUUGAAUAAUAUCAAAGCACUGCAAGAAGUGUGCCGAGUGAUGGCCAAUUCGGUGGAGAGGGUUUGCAUGAGCUCUAAUGCCAGUGCUUACCACAGGUCUAAUGAGACUUUUGAGUUUUCUUUUGGGGAGUCUGUGGAGAUGAGGCAGUUGGCCAAAUGUUGCACAGAGGUGAGGAGACUGGCACCAAAUAAUCAGGGUGAGGAGCUCCAGGUUAUCACUCAUCCCAGUGUGGAGGCACUUAUUUCCCAGGUUGUUCUGCUGGCUGGAGGGAAGGUGAGACUGCCAAUGCCCAGGUAUUUCUUCCAGGCACUACAGGCAACUGUUGUCAAACUCUCGGUCUCACCGCAGCCCAGGGUCCUUGGAGAGCCUGUCUGUGUGCCCCAAGGGUCUCAGCUUGCUCUUAAAAUCGAGGGAGUCCUCAGGCAUGGGAAGAAGGCCUCUUUAUUCAGAUCUGUGGCUGCUGUUUGCAUCUCCAUUUCCACGAGUCCACCUUCCAAGAUUAAUUCAGAAUACAGGAACAAUGGGGAGGCAUCGAAUGGUGGCAAUGAGCUCCAGCAGACUGUUAUCCCUCAUAGGGAUUUCUUUGCCUGUGAGUUCUUACUGUCUUUGGGAAACUCUGGGGUAACUGGAAACUCUGGAUGUGCUGGAAGCUCAACCACUGGAGGGGGAAACAGCUCGGGGGCUAAUCAGUUUCAAGUCACUGCCAGUGCUAGUAUUUUGGAUAAGGAUGGAAAUGUGUGGAAGUGCGGGCCCAGGUCUUCACUCCAGGUGCGGGUCCAUGAAGAACCGACCAAACGGAAAAUGCCCUAAGGGGUAGGGGAACAAUUGUGAAAAUUUAUUAAUUAUUUGUAGACAGGGAUUGGAGGUUUAAUUUCAAGUAGUUAGAGAAUUUUGUAAUUAGUUUCAAAGACUUUGAUUGGAAAAUAUUUGUACAGAUU